UAUAAUCUGUUGCAUGUUUUAUUACUGAAAAAGUUUGUUUGUACCCUCAGAUUAGACGGGAAAAUCCAAAAUAUUCUUAAGUCCUAAAGUAAGUUGAUAUUUAUCCCACUAUGGGGACAGUUCAGGUGAAAUGAACCUAGUUGUUAACUUCUAUCAGUAGUUUCCUCACCAUAAGGUCAAUACAUUGUUCUUAUGUUUUAGGCUGGAUAUGGGGAAUGAUCAUCAACUGCAAUGUGCCAGGAUUUGACCAUGUCUCUAUAGAGUUGGGUUUGUACCAGAAGUUCGAUCAUCUAAAAGUCAAAGUCUACACUAUCUUUAGUGAUGGCCAGACCAUUUGUCUUAUCCACAGAAGUGAAGCUUUGCAAAGGGCUGGGGUGAAUAAAUCACAUAAGAUCACUUGGAGUUAUAGUGGAGACAUCACUGUUGCAUCAAGGAAAAUGAGUGCUGUGAACAAUAAACAAAGGGAUGUGCAUGACUUGAUGAUGGACAUUUUGGAAGCAGGUUGCCUCUUGGAAAUGAAAAAAAUAGCUUCCAGAAACAGUAAGUAGUUUUUCAAAGAUUAAUAUCACAUACAUAUUGUGAGUGGCAUAAUAGUAUGAUCUGAGUAAACUAAAGUAGUAUUAAUUGACUAAUUAAGGUUUAUAUUAAAAGAAAAUCAACAAGCAAGUGUUGAAACCAACACAAAUUUUACGUUAUUCACUUAUCUAAUUAUAAGUAUAACCAGUGAUAGAACUGUGCCAGCUGCUUCAGCAUAAAUUAAUGCAAAUCUAAGGCAUCACAAACCUUAUACAAGAGGAAAAAACAUUUCUUUCUUCUCUUGGAAGCUAACAUUUUUCAUACCUUUGAUAAGAAAAGACCAGAAGGGAUGUAGAUGUAGCUGGCCAAGUCCCACACUGAAACCAACACAAAUUUUACAUUAUUCACUUAUCUAAUUUUAAGUAUAUUUUGAAAAAUGGUUUGUUUUUAAACCCUAAAUACAUUUUCUUUGAUAAUUUACUGCUGCAUAUAAAUAUAUUUUAACAGUUCCAUUUAAUCCCUCCAGGCAGCUUAUCAUCAGCUGCAGUUGUAUCAUAUGCUUCAUCUUGAUAUACCUUAUCUUGAUUUUGUUUCCCAUAAUAACUUUACUACACCCAUAUUAUCUUUGUUCAGAUUACCCAGUUUAUUGGUUAAUCUGCAGUUUCUUUCACUUUUAUGAAAUGCAUGGACCUUUUUUUUGAUAUUUCAUUUCAUCUUGUUCCAUGAUAAUUUCCAGCUGAUAUUCAUGCACAAUAAAUA